AGGAAAAUUUACAUUGUAUAAGUGGUGAUUCAGACGAACGCUACUUAAAAAGAUGACGCUGUUUAUUUAAAACGUGAGUUUACGUCAGUGAUUGAUUUCACCAGUUACGACUCGCAUACACAAUAACAUGUUUAUGUAAACACGCGUGCAAGCAACACGGAUAGUUCGUAAUAAAUGUUCUUUUCUGUAUACUAUACUUCAAGUAAUAAUUAAUAUCGAGUUUAAAAAACAAUAGACUGUGGACAUAAACUGACAAAAUUAAUGGCGAAUAUCGUUUGCCUCGUUGCGCUGUUCUUCGUACACUGCAUCUACGCACAUGGUCCGUCGAACUCGGAGGGAAUCAGCGAGUCUAGCACAACCCUGUUUUCGUACACGUGUAACGGCGACAAUGGAGUCCCGUGUAGCGGGCACGGGAGUUGCUACUCCGGAGUUUGCUCUUGUAAUAUUGGCUUUACGGGCAUCACGUGUGAAUUACAGAUCGGAGGGGCCCUCAACGUCAACAAUACAGUGAUAAGGGACCGUUCGUUACUGGACCUUCUUCAGUCAGGUUUCAAUUUACUUUCAACGCUAGACACGGAAAUGGCGUCGUUUAGGAGUGGAAAUAACACCGUGGAAGUUGCCAACUUUCCUGUUAUGGAGCGAGAAACCGUUGUACCACUGAGCGCGUGUAGCGCCACUGAGAGAGAUCCCUGUAAUGGCAACGGACGUUGUCGAUCUGGCGCGUGCGAUUGUAUGCCUGGAUACUCCGGAUUUCGUUGUGAACUUUCAUCAUCGGUUGGUUUCUGCAACACGUACAGAGCGUGCGCAGAAUGCACCGCGUUCUUAGAGGUUUGUCCAGACAGCUGCGCUUACAUGGCACAGUUCAAUCUUGUGUAUGGCUUCCCCACCACCGUGUCGUCCGGGUUUCGGUAUUGCCGCUCUCGAAGUGCCGUGCGCCGCUGCUCUAUCUAUUACAUGCAGGAGAGCGAAACCCCACAGGGAUGGAAGACCAUUAUUGUGAAACCUUGUCCAAGUGAAAUGGACCCUUUGUCAUCAGUUCCACCAUUUAUAUCAACAACGUCAUCCGACGCUCCUGUUUUUGAUGACAAAACAUCCGCUACCACAGGAACCACCCAAUCAUCGACUUCUCAAGGUGUGAGCACUUCCACUACCGGAUUUACACGAUCAUCGACGUCCCAAUCUUUGAGUACGUCCACUAUCGGAACUACACGAUCAUCGACUUCUCAAGCUUUGACAACUUCCACCACCGGAACUACCCGAUCACCGACUACUCAAGGUGUGAGCACUUCCACUACAACCCCGACCAUCAAGGCUAUUCUGGACACUCCGACGUCACUUCCUACAGACACUCAACACGACGGACACAAAGUCGGUCCCUCUGAUAGAGCAACAGCUGCUCCGAAAGGUGCCGGUUCCGCCUCCCAUGCCAACCUGGUGCUGUUCCUUGGUAGUAUCGUGGUACUUUUGAACAUCUGACAGCAUGACGUUUAGUUUGGGAAGUGUAUUGAUCAUGCUUAUCUGGGAUUUCCUGCAUUUACUUACAAUGAAAGAAAAACGGACUAAUAUUUUGUAUUAUAUACGUGUAUGUUCACUAAACUUAUGCAUACGCCGUAACUAAGUUUAUAAUGUAGCUAGUAUGACCCUGUGCAUUUUGUUUGUAAAACGCUUUAAGCGGAUUUUCUGAAGUAAAGAAUGGUACAAUAUGUGCACUUAAAUGGUCUCAAAUUGAACGUGCAAAUAGUAAUAGUUAAAUGCCAAAUAAUAUUUUAUAGAUACAUGUUAGAUGUUAAUUAAAAAUAUAACUGAA